UCUCUCCCCGCCUGUCUCCUCCCUCGCUUCGAUGAUUGGUCGAUAUUACUGUCCACGGAGUCUUUAAAGAAAAAAAAAUCCCAUUUAUUAUCCGGGUUGCCGUCGGUCGCCCGCCUGUGUUCUCUAUUUUUUAUCUCCUUUGAGUGAGGCGAUUAUUAUUUUUGGCGCGGCCGGCUUUGGACUGGACGUGGCUAACUCCCCCUCCUCCUUUCCCGUCAGAGUGGGCGGGGAAACCCCGUGUAAGGGGUCGCCGCCAUCUUGGAUAAAGUGUGUAUGCGAGGGGGAGGGGAAAAAGGAGGAGGAGGAGGAGGAGGAGAAGAAGAGGGGCGGCGGCAAGAAGCAGGAACAGCCGCGCGAGAGAGAGAGAAAAAAGAAGGGGGGGAGGAAGAGGAGGAGAAGGCCGCAGCGCGUGCGCGCGCACUCACACACACACACACUCUCAGCACAGUGGGGGGGGAAAGCCGGCGUCGCCAGACCGAGGCUCGAUCCCGGAACGAGAAGGGGAGGAGACAUCCUGCUGCCUUCGCCGCUGCCCCCACAGCCGAAGCCAAGCUGCCCAGUCACCAGACCCUCGAACCCAGUGCCACAAUGGCAACUGCACCUUACAACUAUUCCUACAUCUUUAAGUACAUCAUUAUUGGGGACAUGGGUGUAGGAAAGUCCUGCUUGCUCCACCAAUUUACAGAAAAGAAAUUUAUGGCAGAUUGUCCCCAUACAAUUGGUGUUGAGUUUGGUACAAGAAUAAUUGAAGUUAGUGGCCAAAAAAUUAAGCUGCAGAUCUGGGACACAGCAGGACAGGAGCGGUUCAGGGCUGUCACACGGAGCUAUUACAGAGGAGCAGCAGGCGCUCUUAUGGUCUACGAUAUUACUAGGAGAAGCACAUAUAACCAUCUGAGCAGCUGGCUGACAGAUGCAAGGAACCUAACUAAUCCAAAUACUGUGAUAAUCCUUAUAGGAAAUAAAGCGGACCUGGAAGCGCAGAGGGAUGUGACGUACGAAGAAGCCAAACAGUUUGCUGAAGAGAAUGGGUUGCUGUUUCUUGAAGCCAGUGCAAAAACAGGAGAGAAUGUGGAGGAUGCUUUCCUAGAGGCUGCAAAGAAAAUCUACCAGAACAUCCAAGAUGGGAGCCUGGAUCUAAACGCUGCUGAGUCAGGCGUACAGCACAAGCCCUCAGCUCCACAGGGUGGCCGGCUAACCAGCGAACCCCAGCCCCAGAGAGAAGGCUGCGGCUGCUAGUGACCUCAGUUCCCGUGGCUCUGUUUCUGACCUUUCUCCUCUGUUAGGAGCAGUGCUUUUGGCUGCUUCAGUUUCCUCUGUACAUCCUUACCGGGUUUAAUUAAAACUCCUGAGGCAACAGUUUAACAGUACUAAACUGCUAAAAAAAAUUAAGAGAAACUUAGAUGUAAUCAGGUUAUCAAAGGCAAGUAGAGUCAUACCCUCUUCCUGCAUGGUGAAUCUAGAAGUCUUUACCCCCCUCCCCCAAUUGUCCUUGUGAAUAGGUGUCACCAAUCCAUGAUUUACAAAACAGAGCACUGAUGCUGGACCUCAUGAUUUUUACUCUUACUCUCUUUCUCUCUGCAGGGCUUUGUCUCUUGUAAGAUUUAACUUUAUUAGCUUCAGCCUUUCCUCCCAGUCUGUAAGUGGUCUGGAUCUGUCCUUUUUAGUAAUAAAAAAAAGUUGAUUUGCUGUGAAACAACUUCCAACAGUAGAGCGGGAUCCUGCAUAAAGCCCCCUUUUUAGUUGGAAGGAUUCCCUGUUACACAGUGUGUGGGGGUGGGGGGAAAACACCCGUUGCAGGGGUGUUAGGUCUUCAUCCAUCUUGGCCUAGCAACACGGCAAUAUCUGUCUUGUGCUUUGUAGCUUGAUGCUGCCUCUUACUUCUCGCCCUUUGACCUUUCGUGGCCCUUGCUAACAGAACGUAAAUAUGUAUAAAUUUUGAAGGAACCGAGCUAACACUUAAAAAAGUACAUUCUGUGUAUACGAUUUUAAUGAAGAGAAACAAAACUGAUUUACUGGCACUAGGACAAUAGAUAAUAAUAUGUUGGUCUGUACAGUUCAACAUAAUAAUGACAUCACCCUCUGCUUUAGUAACUGCAGUUCAUCGACCCAUUGGCUGAACUCUGCGGUGUUGGGCUUUUUGGAGGUUGUGCUUAGGAAGCUGGUUCCUGACACAGUGCAGAAGAGUGCCUACUCCAGCAUAGUAGUAUCUGUCUUCUCUCUGCACUGUGGUCGACCUGUUGCUGUUUGUUUAAUACUCCUGAUCUUGUGCAAUUGAUGGUGUGCUUACUCUGCUUUUCCUCUCUUUGGGAAAACUUCUUUGCAUUAAUCCAGUUUCAUUUCCUGCCUUAUUGUAUAGGAAGGCUGGACUCUCUUGCACAUUGCUUUUGUGGGAAAAAGUUUAUUCUCAACUGGACUGUCACAAGCAUUUUACACUCUAGGGAUUUUGAACUAUACUGUGGCAUUUGACACUACAGUUGAAAUGGGCUUAACUUCUGCUGUUCCUCCUCCUCUUGAGUCCUUCCUCCCUGCUGCAGUUGUAAGGAUCUCUUACGAGAGAAGUAAUUCAAAGCAAUGUGUGUAUACACGGACCUGUCUCUACUCUGGUUGGAGCCACCAUGUAUGUAAACAGUCUCAACUCUGCACUGUAUUCUCCAUGGCAACCUGGUCUGUCUUCUUUUUUUCAAAAAGAGGGCGACAAAUGGGUUAAGCAUAAGCAAGGGCCAGAUGAGCAUAUUUGACUUUAUUUACUGCAAUGUUUCAAAUGACAGCACAGUUUUGAAAUCCCUUUAAAGGACACUAAGUAAAGGCCAUGUUCCAAUAUGUAAAAGCAGAAGGGUGAUAACCAGCAUAUUGUACAGUCAAUGUUAAAUAAAAGCCAAAACUGGAAUGUGCAGAUGAUUUUAAGUGUUUGGAUAACGUGUGCACUGUCCCUUGUGUGUUUCCUUUUUAUGUUUGGCUCUGGAUAGGUUCCCCUGCCCCCUUCAAACCUAAGAUUCUUAAAAAUAGAUGGGUAUUUAGAAAACGUGGAGCUCGGAUUGCACCAUGUAGGGGGUUUGCCCAGGGACCAUGGCCUGUUGAUAACACAAUUUUUAAGUUUGGGCAAAGGCAAUCACUUCCUGUAGCUUCUUGGUGGUGCAAUACCCCCCUUCUAAUACUCCCCAAAUUAUAAGUUACAAUAGGUCUUUGUUUCUGUGACAGGACUUAUUUGGGCUGCUGUACUCAUUUAAUGUAACAAUGCUAUUAUCUAAAUAUUUGUAAAUAAAGUACCUGUAUCUAGAUAAAA